UUUCUACGUAACCCGUGGUGGACACACCGGGCGCUAAAUUUCCAUCCAGGCGCGUCAUGAAAGUGUAAUCAAAUAUGGCUUAUAGCGCAGUAUCUAAGGAAAAUAAGAUCAGAUAAGGAGUAACCAAUUUCUAAGACUGAGAUGGAAAGUGUGUCAUAUAUAUAAAUUAAAGUACACUUUGCACGUUUAUAAGAGAACGUUUUGGUAAGGUGACAAGCUACUUGAAACAGUCACAAUGUCCGAACAGGCACCACAUAAAUCCUUCAGUGAAACAGAUUUGAAGGAUUUGAAGGAGCGAAUGAAACUUAUAGCUGAUGCUGAUCCUAACCAAUAUCACAAUGAGCUCUCUCUUAAAAGAUUUCUAAGAGCAUUUAAAACGACUGAUGCAGCAUUUCAGGCAAUAUUGAAAACAAACAAGUGGAGAAAUGAAUAUAAUGUGGCAUCUCUAACUGAAGACAAUCCUGUUGUUAAGAAACACAUGGAAACCAAUAAAGCCAGGGUUUUAAGACAUCGAGACAUCGUGGGAAGACCUGUUAUCUACAUUCCAGCCAAAAAUCACAAUGUUAAUGACAGGGAUAUUGAUGACCUAACAAAGUUCAUAGUCUACUGUCUAGAAGAAGCCUGCAAGAAAUGUUUUGAAGAGGUUGUGGACAACUUAUGCAUAGUGUUUGAUUUGAAAGAAUUUGGAUUGAGUUGUAUGGAUUACCAAGUGAUAAAGAAUUUAAUCUGGCUGUUAAGUCGACACUAUCCAGAACGGCUGGGCAUAUGCCUUGUACUGAAUGCCCCUGCUUUAUUUUCAGGUUGUUGGGGUAUUAUCAGAGGAUGGUUGGAUGAGAACACAUCAGGCAAAGUUAUGUUCAUUAAUAGUGAAGAAGAAUUGUGCAAGUAUCUUAUACCUGACAUUUUACCAGAUGACAUUUAGAAUUUGUAAUAUACAGUCUCAUAACACCUCAUCAUUUUAUGUUGGAUUGUAAUGUGCAUGAAGUAUGGAUUUGUUCAUUGCAUUUGUUGGACUUUGAAAUAUGCUGUGUGCAUCUUGACAACACUCUUACUGGAAAUGGUUGGAUCAAGUUUGAGUCAUUACAUGUUCAAAGUAGAAUUAUUAGAAAACAACCAUGUUCUUCAAAUGACAAUGAAAAUUGAUCUCUGAAAAUUAUUUUCGUUGUAUGACUUUAAGUGCAUUGAAGAAAAUUGUCAGUACUUCACACCUGAUCUUACAUAUCUGAUGUUAAUAAAUGAUGAAUUGUUGAUUCUGUUGCAAUUAAGAAUGGAAAUAUAAGCAUUAUAUUGAAUCAGUGAUGAGUAAUGAACAAAAACAUGAGAAAAGAGACAGACUUAUAGUCUGUAUGAAAUAUAUAUAAAUAAAUAUAUACUGAAAGUUAAUAAUUUAAAUAUAUAUAAAAAACAAAUAGUACAUAGUGUAAUUGCUUCAUUUAACUGUUACAUAGUCAAUGAAAAUUAAGAGAAUCUUAUGUUCAUCACAAAUUAAGUGGUACCAAAUAUGAAAAUAUAAUUGUGUUGAAUACAAGGAAGCCACAAGUUUAUGUAAAAACAAACUAGGAUAAUUGGUUAUUUUCCUAAUUCAGAUUUGAAAUCAAGGAUUUUUUUUAUUCUAAGAAUAAAAUAUCUAAAAAUUACUAUGUUGUUCUUCAAUGCCAUGAGAACCUCAAAUCUAUUUAAAAAAUUUAUGGAUGCCAUGUAUGCUCUCUGAAACAGUUUAUAAUGAUCAGUAGUAAUGCUGUACAGACUUAUUAAACACUUAAAAAUAAUAGACUGUAAUUAAAAAGUGUUUACAUUAUUUGUAUUUCUGUUGAGAUCAGGCCUGCACAACAUGCAGCCCACAGAAAGAUUUUCUCUGGCCCAGGGGUGAUCAGUUCAACUGCGCCUGGGUCCCUGAAAAACCAUCUUUCAAAACUAGUUAUUUUAUUUUACAUUAAUGCACCAAUAUUUAAAUUUAAUUAAUUCAGUAAUUAAUGACAUUUCUGUAUUUAUUUAUACAUAAUGCAUAACAUUCACAUAUUUUUAACUAAUGUAAUUAUCAUACAGGAAAUAUGAGGCUGUGGAGGCCAGAUUUAGAUGAUUCUCUGAAAUGUCCGUCAUAUAAAACUGUCUUGCUACUGAUGAUGCCUUGCGAUGAGAAAAGGUACCAAAGAUAAAUAAAAAACAUAUUGUGAAAUGUAUUUUUGUGGAGAACUUUGUCUUGUUCAAUGUUUAAAAAUGAAUGACUGUAUAACUGUGUUACUUAAGUGCUGCAUAGAAAUGUAUUACAAAGUCUUUACUGAAAGUUAUGUUUAUAAAAAGUACACAUAUGUAUGGAAGCAGUGUUUGGAAUCAUGUAGCAUGGUAGCUGCUAAUUCCAUAAUGUCUUUUUUUUUGCAUUUAUAUUUUGACAUUGCAUUUUGAUUCUGUAUGUGAACUAGUACAAAACAGUGACAACAUUUUAGGUGCUUUUAUUUGUUGUUGUUGUUGUAAGAAUGUGAUAUACUGGCAGACUAUAUUGUUCCUUAUGUUGUGUUUCAAUGUGUACAAUGCAAUUUUAAUAAUUAAAACACUAUGUGUUACUGA